AUGACAGUUGUAACAGUAUUUGGUUCAACAGGUUCACAAGGAGGUUCAGUUGCAAGAGCAUUACUUAAAGAUGGAUUUAAAGUUCGAGCAUUAACAAGAAAUCCAGAAUCAGAAAAUGCUAAAAAGCUUCAAAAAGAGGGUGCUGAAAUUGUUAAAUGUGACGAUGCCGAUCCAAAAGAAGUCAUUGAAAAAGCAUUAAAAGGAAGUGAUUCAGUAUUUUGCGUUACCAAUUUCUGGGCUUAUUUCGGCAAGGAAUUAGAGUAUGGUUUAAACAUUGCACACGCAGCAUUGGCAGCAGGCGUUAAACAUUUUGUAUUCAGUGGUUUGGCACCAUGUAAUAAGAUUUCAGGAGGAAGAUACAAUGUACCACACUUUGAUUUGAAGCAUAAAAUUGAAGAGGAGCUAAGAAAAAUGUCUAAAGAAAAUCCAAGUUUUGUAACUUCCUUUGUUUACGCUCCAUUUUAUAUGCAAAAUUUUAAAACUUUCUUUGCACCAAAACGUACUGUCAACGAAGCCACUCAAGAAGUCACAUAUGUAUUGGGCAUGCCAUUGAAUCCUAAAAUGUUGCCAUUGGAUAUGGGCGAUAUUAAUGAUAUCGGUUCAAUCGUUGCUGUAAUGAUGAAAGAUCCAACUAAAUACUCUGGUAAAAUCAUUCCAUUCUCAGGUGACUGUUUACAUGGUGAAAAGAUCGCUGAAAUUAUGUCAAAAGUAACUGGUAAGAAAGUUGUUUACAAUUUCAUUGAACCAAAAGAUUUUGCUCAAUUCGAUUUCCCAGGUGCUGGUGAAAUGGCUGAAAUGUUUUCUUAUUACAAUGAAUUUGGUGCAUUUGAUAAAUUAGAUAAAACUGAAGCUUCAAAAAUUACAAAAUUAACAAAUCUUGAAGAAUUUUUGAAAAAAACUAAUUUUCAACUUGAAUAG